ACGUCUUCAGACGUAGCCAGCUAACAGGCUUAUCAAGAUUUUGGCAUGCGUGGAAUGACAGUGACGUCGAGAAACCUGUUCUUAGGGAGCAGGUGAAUUCCGUCAUAUUGUAAAUAGGUGAGGAGCAUUGAGUUGUAAGGUAGUCUAUUAUGAGUAUAGCGGCAAGGACUGUAGCACGCUAUAGCUACCCGUACACGGCAGGAAAAAGGUAAUGCACGGCAGUGUUUUUUGGGAUGGUAGCUGACUGGCUAGCUACGAUUGUUUAUCCAGGUUUGCACCGCACAAGCACCGCAUUCAGGGCGGUCUGUCAUGCGUUAAAACAUCUGACACUGCUGCAAAUCCCCGUACACAAUGAACAGAGAAGAUUAUUUUCCAUAAAAGCGGAAUAAGAAGUCGCUUGAGAGACGUUUUUGUUCGUAGGGGCUGAGUUGUCCUUGCUGCAGACUUAAACGCCCGGCCUAUGUAAACAGAGGCAGUUGCUGAUCCACGUGAGCCUCAGGAACAACACAUCUGUUAUGCUGUUUCCCCUGCAAUCCAAUUUUCCUUUCAAAUGCGUGCGAUAUCCUGACACAAAUCAUGGAUAGCCCCACCAUGGAGAGUGCGGCAAAGAAAAGAGACCCGCCGCUGCUGCUUGUGCACGGAGAGGAGGCUGCGGCGGCGGGGGUGGCGGCGCAGGCGGAGGUGAGUCCGGAAGGGGCGGGCGGAGAAGAGGAGGAAGAGGUGGUGGAGGAGGAGGAAGAGGAGGAGAAUGCGGAGAAGGUGGCGGAGGAAGCCGCAGCGGAGGCAGAGCGGGCGGAAGCGGAGGCCGCCGCCGCCAGGGAGAGGGCGGCGCAGAAACAGCUCCUGGCCAUUGAGGAGCUGGUGUACACAGAGAGGAACUACCUGAGGCUUCUGCAGCUCAGCACCGUGACCAUCAGAAGUAACCUGCAGAAGCUCCAGCCUGCGCCGGUGAACCUGGAGGCCAUGUUCUUGUACAUCGACGAGGUGAUUGACGUGUCUGGACGCCUGCUGAGCCUGCUGGAUCAGACCCUGCCCUCGGAGCCCAACUUCCUCCACUCCCUCUGUGAUGCCUUCCUAAGCCUUAGAGCAGACAUGGAGAUGGCUUACAAAGAGUACCUUGCCAACUACAAUAAUGUCACAGCUCAGGAGAACAGCUACAAGCAGAAGGAGCCUCUGUGGAACGAGAUGGUCAAAGUCAUCAAGUCCUCCGCGCCUGAAGUCAACGGCACGUCUUUGACCUUCUUCCUGGUGAUGCCAGUGCAGAGGAUCGCCCGGUACCCCCUGCUCCUGCAGACCAUCCAGAAGCACACGGACCCCCAGCACCCGGCCUACCCCGUCCUGGAGGAGACCGCCCACGCCGCCGUCGACCUCAACUGCAGGAUCAACGAGUACAAGCGCUUCCGAGAAGUCGCGGACAAAUACAAGAAAACCGAGACCCUGACGAUAAAGGACAAGAUCAACAGAUUGAAUGGACACAGUAUUGCCAAGAAGACAGCUCGUCUGAGCCAGUACAUCAAACACGAGACGGGGAUGGUACCAAAGCUGAAGGAUGAGGAGUUUGAUGCAUUGGAAGGGUUUUUCUAUGUCCUGGAGAAAGGGAUCACAGACCUUCACGAAAAUGUGGCAGCCUACCUUGGCCAUCUACAGAAGUUCAUUGGGUGCAGACCAGAGGAUCAGGAUCUGGACAUGGACAGUGAGAGGGCUGUAGUGUGCUACAAGGAAAUCACAGCAGCACUGAGGCAGUGGAUAUACCCCACGUUUGAGCGGAGGCUGCACACCCUGGUCUUCAAGCCCCUCUGCACACUGCGGGAGCUGCUGGCCGGCCCGCGCAACCUCAUCCGCAAGCGUCUGGACAAGCUGCUGGACUACGAGCUGAUCGAGGAGAAGCCCAGCCUGAGCUACGAGGAGCAGGCGGUGGCCAACACCUACCGGACCAUCAACUCCCUGCUGCUGGCCGAGCUGCCCCAGUUCAACGGCACCGCCCUGCAGCUGCUGUGGGGGGUGCUGGGGGCCUUCAGCUGCCUGCUCCGCGACCUCGCCGCCGACAUGGAGCAGCUGGCUGCAGGGUACACGCAGCAGCUCCCUCACAGCUUCCUGGAGCCCAGUGCAUUCUGGGAGUGGGCAGAAGGCUCCGUACAUGAGGGGGCGAAGAAGCUUGAGAGUCUGUGCCGGAGCCUGCAGGAGGAACUGAAUGCUCCCAUUGUGCAGCCCCUUAGCCCCUCCUCCCAGAAGCGCCUGAAGGUUCUGACGGAGAAGCACGGCUCUGGGAAGAUCUACCAGCUGACGGGCCACGUGGUGGGGAGCCGGGACCUGGACCUGACCCUGCAGCGGGGCGAGCUGGUGGGGGUGCUGUCCGAGAUGGACACGCGGGGAGACCGGCGACGCUGGCUGGUGGAUGCCGGAGGCCCCAGGGGCUAUGUGCCAGCCUCAAAGCUGCAACGCUAUCACCAGGUAACGAAGGAUCCGCCCCCUUCUCCACAUCUCACCUCUUCGAUGGGCGGGGCUGAGGUCAGGAGACAUUCCUACACCACAGAGUCACAUCCGGUCGUCACCAUGGCCCUGCCCUGCUUCCAGGUGUUUGCGGGGUAUGACUUCACCGCGCGGAGCAGCCAUGAGGUGUCCCUGCGAGCGGGCGAGCCCGUGCGGGUUCUGGAGCCGCACGACAAGCGGGGCAACCCCGAGUGGAGCCUGGUGGAGGCCCGCGGCCAGCGGGGGUACGUCCCAUCCAAUUACCUGGCGGUGCUUCCCUCCGUGGUGGCCCCGCCCUCCGCCCCCUACCGCUAGAGCUGCCCGCGUGGUCCCGUCCCCUACCCCGAACCUGUGGCUUCUGAGCGUUAACCCCCCCGCUAAGGACAGCGCGUGCCCCGUGGGAGGAAGGCUUUGCUGUGUGACUGGGAUGUGAAGCAGUGCGCCGAUCAGUCCCCCUCAGGCCCCCGUUUCCUCUCACAGCCUCAGGGAGGGAGGCUGCUAGGUAACACGAGCGUGCCGCUUGUCCCGAAGGUGCAGGCGGGAGCGCUAAUGGGUGGAGAUUAAGCCCGGAUUGAUGGAAUUGAUCCCUGCGGGUUUUUUCACAGACUCGCUAGAGCCCUCCAACUGUGUCCAUUGACUGCCUCUCUGGAUCCUGGCUGAUUUGCAUCCCGUGGCCUCGAACGACGAGGGCAUCUUGCUCAAAACUACUGACUUGCAUGCAUGUGAUAUGCGGCUCGGGCGUGCUGGCGCCCACUGGUGGCAAACCUUAUUCAGUGCAUGAUCCUUGCAGUUACGUGUUGGUUCAAGUUUCAGAUAAUUCAGCCAUUCAUAAUUAAUUCAUCAGUUAAUGCAGUGAUUAAUACAUUCUCUCAUACCCGUAGAGGUUUACUCUGGGUUGAGAGUGCAUGCUUUCACUCAUGUUUCAAGCUCUGUGAUAUAUUUAGAUCAAUUUUUGUGGAAAACUGGAUGUUUAGGUAUAUACUCAAACUUAAUUUUGAUGACUGAAUCAAAUAACACUUGGAGGAAUUCAUGGCUCAUUGAUUUCCAGAAUCACUGGAUACACUGGUGAAACAGUGUAGGAUUCAAGCACCAAAGUUGCUCUUUGAUGUUCACUUGACUGAGGAACAGCUUGUUGAGAUUAGACAAAACAUCUGUGGUGCAGAAACCCCUACUAUGUCAAAUGCAAAGGUAUUCAGUUCAGUAUGGCUCACAUGGACAGUCUCCUACUGCAAUAUUGCAGUUAAUGUAUACCACAAAACAGCAGCAAAUUGAGUCAUAACAGUGACUCUUGUAUUGGUCACUGUUUUCUGUAGGGAUAAAUACCAUUUUUAAACAGAAUUUUGGAAUUCGGGAAUUAUUGCAGCACUGCAGUGCUGAAAAGAACAUUCUGUCUUGGCAGGUUUUUUGACCUGGUGGUGUGUACUUCUCAUUGCAGAUGUCUUUGUUUUUCUCUCCACUAGGGGGAGCACAAUUCCAGCUCAAGCAGCUGUUCCUCUGGUCAGUCAUCUUCAUUACCUCAGUCAGUAUUGAUGCGAAUCGUCUUGUUACACAAGCUAAACAAUGAUAUGUAAUGAAUUUGAUUUAAUGUCUCCUUGCCUGAGUCUGAAAGCAAUAAGAUGGCACAGCUGCACCCAGUAUUCUGGCAGACAAAUCUUGUUGCAGCAUGUUUCAGGUAUUUUAGAGGUGUAUUUAUUUAUGUUAUUUAUUUUAUAGAUCUAGGGCCAUUAACUUCAGGGUAUUGCGUUUUAAGCUUUGUGGCGGCUUGUGCUAAAAGGUAAAAAACAUUUGAGGCGAUCCUCUUGUUGCCAAAGUGACUGGGAAUGUUUUCUACCCCGUGUGUUGUUGACAUGUUGAAUUUUAACCGCAGAUAUGUAGAAUAGAAUGUAUGGCUUGUAAAUGAUGAAGAAAAUUUGUAUCUUGAGACUUUUUUUAAAAAUAUGGAACUGGUUUAAUGUUUGCACUAACAACAUUAAGUAGCAUAAUGAAAGCGUUUACAAGGUGCCAGCUAUAAGAGUGGUGUUAGCUGCACCAUAGAGGUUGCUGCAUUGGUUUGGUGGCAGCAUGACUGCCAUUAAUGUAUAUGCUCAAUAUUUGGCUUGGUUUCUGCAUCAGCUGUGGACUGGCUGUCAGCAGGGAGUUGAUGCAUUGACUCCCUCCAAUUUCAGCUCUUGCCAGUGUGGCAGAGCUCAGAGCUCUAUAAAUACAUUUCUCUGUUCAGGGACCUAAAAAUAGCUCUUCUGUCAGGCCUUUCGGUAGAAGGAUUCCCAUGUGAUCAGGACCUCCCCCUGCUGGAGAUUCCAGAAAGUGCAGCUGUUGUUUACUCAGCCUGCCUCUUGGGGGAGCCUACCUCAUUAUGCAAAGUGUUCCAUUGCUCUCCAGUUCUGCACAUCUAGCUGGGAGGUUACACGAUAGCAAUCUGGCAUUGUUUCACUUUUCAAGUAUUAGAUUUGGCUGCAGCCUGUGAGGUCUUCCUCUGUUGAGCCGCGCUGGUAAUGUGGCGUUUCCACCGGACCCGGGGGCCGGCACAGUGAUGUGGUGGAGGAGUGAGAGGCUUUACCUGCCGUAGUGAGGAGUGGGGUGGGGUGUUUCUCCUGGAAGACUGGAGGAGGGUGGCCUCAUUCCAGAGGUGGUGUUAAGCAGCAGCCUGAGGCCAAGCCGACUCCGAGAUGGAGCCGAUCUCUCAGAGGGCCGGGAGUCAGCCCCAGCAUGACGGAGGCUCAGUGCCGCGUUUGGCGAGCACCAGCGCUCAGAACCCGCGGCUAUCUCAGAACCAGUCAGCAGACUCCUCACGCAACCCGUUUAGCUUGAACAAUGGCUCAUCAGGCACGGGGAUGGGAAGGACUUGAGUGGCUAAUCACGGGGGGCUUAAGAUAGCGCCGGGCUCAGGAUCGGAGCCGCACGUGAGACAUUCUCUCAGAGGUUUCCCAGGGGACCCUGCUGCCCACACAGCCUGGCCACGCCCUCCACCGAGCUGCAGCGGUGAGGGAAUGUUACAGCAGGCAGGACUGUAAGUGUGUGUGUGUGUGUGUGUGUGUGUGUGUGUGUGCGCGUGGGCAGACUCAACGGCUCCACAGUUGCCCGAGCGAAGGUGUUCUGUUUCGAGGAAAUGCAGGACGACGUUUGAUUUUUCCAGGAAACCAUUUUCAUAGGACUUCACCUCAGUAUCGUGUAGACAUGAGCUAAAUUAGAUAUGCAAAGAUUCUCAACCGUAACAUUUUUUAAUGGCCCCCCCUUUUGCCACUGGAAAUAUCUUACAGUUCAGUUUUGUUUGCACCGUGGAGCCCCUUCUUUGCCCAUGCUCUGAGAAAGAGCGGGAGAAGUUCAGCACAGUUUUAAGUAAACCUUCAUGAAGCAGGACCAUUAUAACACUGGAAAGUAUUGGGACAAAUAGCAGUCUUCCACAUAACAGUUUAUAUUUAGCUGAUGCAAUGAUUUUUUUCCUUCAGGGGGCCUGCCAGAGACCUCAGGAAGGAAUGUUUACAUGUUGAUUAGCAAUAGCCUAUGCUGUCUAGGUGCACCGUGUGUGGUGCUGACCUCUGUUUUUGCCCCAAAUCCCAUCACUCUGUCAGUGCAGUGACAGCAAGCUUGAAUGGAGCGCAGGCUCGGGGGGAGGAGAGGAUAGCUACAUAUGGUCCUCAUGAGGAUUUUUGCUGUAUGGCGAUACACUGUAGGUUUUGUGGGAUAUGUCCACCCUCCCCACGUGUUUCUCUCCAGCUGUUUUCGGGAGGGGUGCUUGCGCCUCCCGUGAGAACGCUUACGGACUGGCAUCCCAUCUCCUUCCCUCUCGCCAUCCUUGGCAUGUGGCAUGAGGACGUCACAUUCUGCCCUCGUGUUGUUUUGUGGGCUGCGCUGUGGCCGCGUACUGUCCAGUGCAUGUGACCCUCGCACGUUUGUGCGGGGGGGGGGGGUUCAAGGAGUUCAGGGGAGUUCAAGGCCAGCCCUGUUUUGCUGUGAGUGCACCCAUAAAGAGCGGACGGCCACGUGAAGCUGUUUUGAAGCGGAGGGCCGGCUGUAUAAGCCCCCUCGCACUGGCGUUUGUGUAAACAGAGCUGGCCCAGAAUGGGGGGCGCUGUAAAGCACUGGAGCAAAGGUGGCGGGCCAGUCGCUGGCAUCACCGUGUCUCCACGGGAGGCAUUUCUGUGGAAGUGUGAGGGGUGGGGGGGUUAUAAGGGCUCGGCCUCACUAACACUCUGGAAUGUACUCGGUGUGUGUGUGGAAAUCUGAUAAGGCACUUUAUAUGAUUUAACGUGUGAUGUUGCUUAUUAUAACAUGGAGUUUAAAUUCAUAGCUGUUCAACCUUUCUAAAUUCAGAGUUGGCUGUUGAAGGCUAUGCUUUAAUGUUAAUUUUAGGCUUUUAUGUGUACGUAUUAAUUUCUCAUGCUGAAAUCUGAGAUGCGUUCAGCUAUGCUCAUGUAAUUGAUAAGAUUCUUAUGAAUGACGGUUUCUUAUUUUUCUAAUUGUUGCUAAUGCUCUGUAUAGGAGAUUGUUUGUGCAUUUGUGUCAUGUCCAUUUGCCUGCUAGGACUUAUUCCCAUUGCUGAAUCUUAGAAUGUAUUGGAUGCGUGAGAUGUGAGAAGCUCGGCACACUGGAACCAGCUUGCUUUUGCUGCCCUGUAAGAUUGAAGUGUUUGCAUCUCAUAUUUCAUGUGAUAGCAGGAUGUACUGAGUAAAAGAAAAGAAAACAAAAAA